AGGGAGGGGUGGGGUAGCCACAGGACCACUCGCAGUGACAGAGGUCAGGGAGGCUGUGCCAGCUGGAGGCAGCACUUGAAUUCUGCUCAAGUGGAAGCAGUGGGGGCUCAGAGUUGACCGCGCUUCCUGCUCCCUGCUGGGGCAGAACUGGCCUAGGCUGGAAAGGCAACUCAGAGGAGAGAAUUUUGGAGGCACUGCAUUCAGGGGACUGCUGGGGGCAGAGAAGCAGAAAAGAAAAAGAUGAGGAGCGAGGCAAAGGCACGAGAAAGGAGGCUGUGGGGGUGAAUUCCACCAUUGUUAGUGGAACGCUGCUCCGAGGCCAGCCUUCUGCUGCAGAGGUCUGAGGACACAGCUGCAGCUGCAGGGGGUCCCGUCUAGCAGGAGAGGCAAGCUGUCCUCGAAAAGCUGCUCCACUUCUAGGAGGCCGACGCUAGACAGAGGAGUGACUUUAUAAUUUCGGGAUUGCGUGCGUCCCCCAACAUGGCCACCACUGCCCGUCCUCUGCCACUCACUACCGUGGACCCCAGUGCUGAGAACAGCAGCUCCUUCUACGACUAUGACUACCACUAUCUGGACGGGGUGGCCUUCCUGCUCUGCAGGAAGGAUGAAGUGCUGUCCUUUGCUAAAGUCUUCCUGCCAGUUUUCUACAGCCUGGUCUUCGUGUUGGGCCUGUGCGGAAACCUCCUUCUUCUCGUGGUCUUGCUCCGGUAUGUGCCUCGCAGGCGAAUGACUGAGAUCUAUCUGCUGAACCUGGCCAUCUCCAAUCUCCUGUUUGUGGUGACCCUGCCCUUCUGGGGCAUCUCUGUGGCCUGGCAUUGGGUCUUCGGAAGUUUCUUGUGCAAGAUGGUGAGUACCCUCUACACUGUUAACUUUUACAGUGGCAUCUUUUUCAUUAGCUGCAUGAGCCUGGACAAGUACCUAGAAAUCGUUCACGCUCAGCCCCACCACAGGCUGAGGAGCCGGGCCAGGAGCCUGCUCCUUGCUGCCGCAGUGUGGGCCGUGGCCCUGGCUAUCUCGAUUCCCGACAUGGUCUUUGUACAGACGCACGAAAACCCCAAGGGAGUGUGGAACUGCUACGCAGACUUCGGCGGGCACGCUACUGUGUGGAAGCUCUUCCUCCGCUUCCUUCAGAACCUCCUGGGCUUUCUCCUUCCACUCCUCACCAUGAUCUUCUUCUAUUCCCGCAUUGGCUGUGUCCUGGUCAGGCUGAGGCCCCCAGGCCAGGGCCGGGCUCUCAGGAUGGCUGCCGCCCUGGUGGUGGCUUUCUUCGCGCUCUGGUUCCCAUACAACCUCGUCUUGUUUCUGCUCUCACUGAUGGACCUGCAAGUCUUCGGGGACUGUGAGGUCAGCCAGCGCAUGGACUACGCCCUGCAGGUGACCGAGAGCAUCGCUUUCCUUCACUGCUGCUUUACCCCCAUCCUCUACACCUUCUUCAGUCGCCGCUUCCGCCAGUACCUGAAGGCUUUGCUGGCUGCGGUGCUCCGACGGCGCCUGGCACCUGAUGCUUCACGGGCCUCGUUGUCCAGCUGCUCUGAGAACAGCAUGCUUACUGCCCAAGAAGAGAUGACUGGCAUGAAUGACCUUGGGGCAAGGUGGGUUGAGGGCCCCCCUAACAAAGGAGACGUGGACAAGAACUAAGCCUGAAGGACCGUACGGUGCUCGCCAACUCAGCCCAGGCCAAGAGAGGGUGCGCUCCACCUCACCCUCACCUUUCAGCCUUCACCUCCGUCUGUCCUGCCACUGCCUAUCUUCCCAAAGGCCUGACAAGGCUUGACUCCAUGACUGCCCAAGCCCUUCCCAGAGGUCUCAGGAAAGCACUCCUGAAUUCCCUUGGUCCUUAGAUCCUGAGGAAAGGUGGACUCUUCCCUAGAGCUGACCCAAGCAGAAGUCCAGAAAUGGCUUUGUUGGUGGGCAAGGCUACUCUCACCUUCAUCUCAAAGUAGAAUACGAGUUGCUAUUGUUUGAAUGUGUCCCCUGAGAAUUCAUGUGGUAAAAUUUGGUGGGCCAGGUCAACAGAAGUUAACAUGGUGCGGAAAGUAAGGCAGCUGGGUACCACAUGGCUGACUGUGUGGUUCGAGUCCUGGAUCCUGCAGCUUGAAAAAUAUGCUGGCCAGUGCAUGUGUGUGUGCCCUAAAUACUGAGAGGAGAGUGAAGAAGGAAUUGCAGCAUAGC